AUGCUUGCGCUUGGCCAGCAGCACAGCCUCGCUUGUGCGGACGGAGAUCUCGUGGUGGCAUGGGGAGACAACCAUCGCGGGCAAUUUGGAGAUGGCACGAGAACAUCUCGGCUAACUCCUGACAAGGUUUUUGAUGCGGACUUCGUGGAGCUAGCGGCGGGAAUGCAGCACAGCAUGGGUCUCACCCAAACUGGGCGGCUCCUUUGCUGGGGAGGCAAUGAAUUCGGGCAAAUUGGUGACGGGACGAUCCAGCCGCGUCUGGAGCCCAUGGAGAUCCCGCUGCCCGGUGUCAAGCACAUCUCUGCAGGUUGGUUCCACAGUUUGGCGGUGACCAGCAUGGGUGAGCUCUGGGCUUGGGGCCAAAACAAGCAAGGCCAGCUUGGAGACGGCUCACGGGAGACGAAGCAAGCGCCGGUGCGGGUGUUGGCCUCCGGUGUGCGACAGGCUGCUGCUGGUUGGUUGCACAGUUGUGCCGUGAUGGAGUCUGGUCAGGCGGCCGUCAUGCAAUUUGACAUUCGUCCCAGGAAGCGUGAUAAAUUGGCAGGUAGGCUGGUUGUAGUCAUGGCGAAUGCAGCAGCCAGCAACUUGCACCCUCCGCCAGAGCCCUCGCUGCAAGACCACGGCUCAAGGCGUUUUCCGUGCUAA